UUGGACGCAAACCGAACUUUGAACGACUGCCCCGAUGCGAACCGAAGGGCGCGGGAGCAAACCCCUAAUUCCUCUGUACCCUGCAAAAUCAGUAAUGAAAAGCACACGUUAAUGGCGGAUUCCAAAACCCUAGCUUCUCCUUCAACAAUGGCGGAUGUGAAUCUAGAAAAAUCUUCAAACCUCGAAAAAACGGCUCCUCCUUUGCCGGAUACUUUGCCAGAAAACCAAACUCCGGCCAAAAAGAGGCGUCGAAGAAAGAAGCACUUAGAGAACGCGGCCGCCAUAGCCAUAGGCAAGGCUCGAGCUCUGAGACCACAUACAAAGGCAGGAAUUUACAGUGAGAAGCUCAUUGACAAGAUGUUGCAGAAACAGCUUGGCCAUGGAUCGAAGGGAAAGCGCAAGAGAAUCAAUGGCCUAAACAGAGAGCUAAAUAUUGAAGCCCUGAUCGCGCACUCUGUAGGUUUUCCUACGGAUUCACUUACAGAGGAGGAGAUCGAAGCAGGUGUGGUUUGUCCUUUAGGGGGCUCUGAACAAGCGAAUUACAUCGUGGUUCGAAACCACAUCCUUUCUCUAUGGCGAGCCAAUGUGAAGGCUUGGCUCACAAAGGAUCAAGCCAUGGAGUCUAUACGAAAAGAGCACAGUGCCUUGGUUGAUUCAGCCUAUACUUUUCUUCUUCGCCAUGGAUUCGUCAACUUUGGCCUCUCUCCUUCUAAACCUGAGCCCAUGCACCAGCCCAGGGCUAGAGGACAUGUUCUUGUUAUUGGUGCAGGGCUUUCAGGCCUGGCUGCUUCAAAGCAACUGAUAACUUUAGGGUUUAGGGUUUUGAUCUUGGAAGGGAGGAACAGACCAGGAGGUAGGGUUCACACGAAGAGAAUGAGUGGAAAUGAUAUAGUUGCAGCUGCUGAUCUCGGGGGAAGUGUUUUGACUGGAAUCAAUGGGAAUCCUUUGGGGGUUUUGGCUAGGCAAUUAGGGUUUCCUCUUCAUAAAGUAAGAGACAUUUGCCCUCUGUAUUUACCAGAUGGUCGAGCUGUGGAUUCAGAGGUGGAUUCAAGAGUUGAAGCUUUGUUUAACCAAUUGCUCGAAAAGGUUUGUAAACUGAGGCAAUCAAUGGAUGAUAUGGCUGUUGAUGUUUCUCUAGGAACUGCUCUAGAUACCUUUAGGGAAGUGUAUAGAGUUGCUGAGAACCAAGAAGAGAGGAUGCUUCUCAAUUGGCAUCACGCUAACCUUGAAUAUGCAAAUGCUUCGCUCUUAUCUGAUCUUUCACUUGCUUUUUGGGAUCAGGAUGAUCCAUAUGAAAUGGGGGGUGACCAUUGCUUCAUACCAGGUGGUAAUGGGAGGUUUGUCAAAGCCUUAUCAGAGGGUCUUCCUAUCUUCUAUGGAAAAACAGUGGAUUUGAUCAGGUAUGGAACGAAUGGGGUUCAGGUUCGAGCAGGCAACCAGGUGUUUCAAGGUGACAUGGUUCUUUGCACUGUUCCUCUUGGUGUUCUUAAGAAAGGUUCAAUCAAAUUUGAGCCUGAGCUACCCCAAUCAAAGAACGAAGCAAUUCAAAAAUUGGGUUUUGGGUUAUUGAACAAAGUGGCUAUGCUAUUCCCCCAUUGCUUUUGGGGUGCAGAGAUUGAUACAUUUGGGCAUUUAUCCGUGGAUAAGUGCAAAAGGGGCGAGUUCUUUUUGUUCUAUAGCUAUGCAUCUGUAUCAGGAGGUCCAUUGCUAAUGGCUUUAGUUGCAGGUGAAUCAGCAAUUGGGUUUGAAUCCAUGGCUCCUUCUGAUGCAGUAGAGAGAGUGCUUGGUAUACUUAGAGGAAUAUUUCGCCCUAAGGGCAUCAUUGUUCCCCAUCCAAUUCAAGCUGUGUGUACAAGAUGGGGUAGCGAUCAGUUUACUUAUGGGUCUUAUUCACAUGUAGCGGUUGGUGCGUCUGGUGACGAUUAUGAUAUUCUUGCUGAAAGUGUGGGGCAAGGUAGGGUCUUUUUUGCGGGAGAGGCAACAAAUAGAAGGUACCCGGCAACCAUGCAUGGAGCUUUUCUUAGUGGAUUGAGAGAAGCUGCAAAUAUAUCUAGAAUUGCAGAAAGUAGGUCAAAACCAGAGAACAUUGAGGUUAAGGACGAGUUUAUUGAAGAUGAUGCACUUUUUGAUUUGUUUAAGCGUCCUGAUUUGUGUUUUGGGUGCUUUUCUGCUUUGUUUGAUCCAAGAACCAGUGAUCUAGGAUCUAAUUCAAUUGUGAGGGUAUUGGUUGGCAAGGGAACAAAUGGUGUUGAGUAUAGGUCUGCUCCCUUGCGACUUUAUGCCUUGAUGUCUAGGAAACAAGUGAUUGAUUUAGAGGAGGUAGAUGGGGAUAUCAAUAGAUUGAAAGUUUUGUAUCAAAGUUUUGGUGCAAAGCUGGUAGGCGUUAGAGGUUUGGGUAGUGAAGGAGGCGAGCUAAUUGCUUACCUGAAGGGGGCUAGAAUCAAUGGCAAGAUUGAAAUACUUAACGCUGCUUAGACCAUUGCAAUACACGAUGUGUUGAGAAGUUUGCAAGUUGUCAUUAUUUGUUUAUUUGAUUACUUUUGCUUGCAUUGCUUGUUACUUCGUUCAUCGUAUCUCCUAAAGUCCAAUCAGUUUUAAUGAAAGGAUAGAUUUUCCAAUGUCCUUCCGAGGCAUAUGGGAUCCACUUGGUGGCAAGCGAGAAAAUCACAUAUAGAUGGUCAUAAGAGAGAACUAGGAGCGGGUAACCCAUGUUUUCUAUUGAUAGGAAGAGGAAGUAUGAAUAUUUGGUAUAAUUGCUGUUCAUUGGCAAUAAGUUCAUGCACUGACACUGCAAAUGCAACAGGAUUAGAACAUGCCUUUAGGUUAAGCUCACAACUGUGAUGAAUAUUGGUAGAGUUGUCUACAAUGGUAUAUUUGAUUUUCACGUGAAGCAUAUGUGGGAUUAGCCAUCCAACCUGCAGAUAAGGAGAUGACCAACAGUCUUAUCAUUAUGAUGGUGCUGAUUUGAAGUUGCACAAUCAAAUGCAAUUGUAAUAGAGUGAAUGACAAUUGCUGUACAUAUUGUUCAUUUGUAAAUUCAUACCCAUUCUCUGAUUACGUAAUGCAUUCAUCCUGUCUUUCUCCAAAUGGUGUUUGAUGCAUGCUUUGCUUGUCAUGCUGUAACCCUUUGCUCAUGAUUGUAACAUGGCAUGAGGAUAAAUGUUAUGCUUCUCA